AUGUAUAAAAGAGUUGUUAAUUAUAUUUAUAUUUUAAUAUUAAUUUUAACAACUUUUAAUAAUAUUGUUAAAUCUGAUAUUACUGAUGAAAAUGAACUAAAUACUCUUUGGUGGAUAGCAAUCCAAUAUGGAUUUGCAUGGAAUUUGUCUUUAGGAAAAGCAUGUUCAAAUAUUGGAAUUGUUUGUGAUUCGACAUUAAAAACAGUAAAGAGUUUGACAUUAAAUUCAACAAUACCUUUGGGCAGUGUUAUUGCACCCGGUGCGACAUCAACAACUCAAUUCGCAUUAACUACUGGGACAGCUAAUUCUUUAGGUUCAAGUGGCUCAGUGACAAGAACAUUGAGUUCUGGCUUAUCUACAACUUCAAAUGAUCCAACCACAAUAGGUACAAGUGGAACAUUGGGAUCAACGACUUCAAAUGACCCAACCACAAUAGGUACAAGUGGUACAUUAGGAUCAACGACCUCAAAUGAUCCAACCACAAUAGGUACAAGUGGAACAUCAGGACCAACGACUUCAAAUGAUCCAACUACAACAAGUACAAGUGGAACAUCAGGCUCAACAACUUCAAAUGAUCCAACUACAAUGGGUACAAGUGGAACAUUAGGAUCAACAACUUCAAAUGAUCCAACCACAAUAGGUACAAGUGGAACAUCAGGAUCAACAACUUUGAUUGAUCCAACUACAACAAGUACAAGUGGUACAUCAGGAUCAACAACUUCUUUUGAUCCAACUACAACAAGUACAAGUGGUUACUCAAGUGGUUACUCAAGUGGUACAUCAGGAUCAACCACUUCAAUUGAUCCAACCACAACAACUACAAGUGGUUACACAAUUGGUACAUCAGGAAAUUUAUCUCCAAAUCCAGUACAACCCGAAAUACUUAAUCUUGUUGACUUUUCAAGAAAACUUCAAUCAUUUACAAAUCAACCAACUAUAAAUUUUUUAAAUCUCCAAAAUUUAACUUCUUUAGUAAUUAAUGGUGUUGCUACUAAUACGGUAAACAUCUUAGACUAUAUUAAUCAAAUGACAGGCUUGGAAUAUAUAGAAAUUUCAAAUAUUCAAAACUUAAAUACUUUUCCAGAUUUAUUCCUUUUUUAUUGCCCAAAAGUUACAACAUUAAUAGUUAGAAAUGUACCAGCAACUCAUUUAUCAGAUGUAUUUUUCACAAAAACUGAUGGUCCUUUAACAAAUAUUAUUUUGGAUUUCCCAAUUAUUAGAUUUGAUUGGAGUGAAACAAACUCUAUUAAUACAUUAUUCCUCAGAUUAAAUAAUAAUUCAAAUAUUAAUAUUGAUGGUUAUACUUGGCAAAAAUUAAAACAUUUAACUAUUUAUACAGAAGCACCAAUUUCAAUUUUCAAUAUGAAUAAUUUAACAACUGUUUCAAUAUUUUGUACAAUCCCUAAUACAUUUGUAUCAUUUGAAUUUACAAAUAAUAUAAUGGGAUCACUUAAUUUUAAAAACUGCCAUGUUGUUGAUAGUGGUUUAUCAUUCACAGGAACUAAUUUAACAAGUUUAGUAUUUUUAGAUGGAGAAUUAUCAUAUACAACACCAAUUGUAAAUUUACCACCAAAUUUAGAGAUAUUUGAUGUAGAAUUUUCUCGUCUAUCAAAAUUAAAAUCAAGUAUAAAUUUAGAGUUGAAACAACUUAUUAUUCCAAAUAAUAUAGUUCAGGGUCAAUUACCUUCAUUUAUUCAAUUACAAAAAGUAAAUACAUCAAGUAAUUUAUUAAGUGGGUCAAUUCCAUCAACAUUUUGCUCAAUACCUGAUAUUGAUUUAUCAAACAAUCAAUUUACAUCAAUUCCAGAUUGUUUUAAAUGCCAUUGGGGUUCAUUAGCAAGUCAUUGGUUUGCUAAUAAUCAAAAUGAUUUAUCACCAAAUUCAUCAUUUGUUUGUGAUUUUAUAUUAACCGUUUCAAGUUUCAAUGUGUUAUCAGUUGGUGAAACUCUUGAAAUUACUGGUGAAAAUUUAGGUUGGCAAACUCCUUCAACUACACCUGGCUUAAAUAUGGUUAUACCAAAUAGUAAAUUUACUUUUGAUUUCCCACCAAAACCAGCUACCACCAAUAGAAUACUUCAAUUUACACCAGAUCAAUCUGUUAGUAUCGAAUGGAAUUAUUAUAAUUUAGAAAUUUUAAAAAUUGAUUUCAUUCAAUUUCCAAAUUUAUUAAAUUUAAAUUUAACUGGUACAUUUGAUAAAAAUGGUAUUGUCUAUAUUAAUAAUUUACCAUUUACUUCACCAUUAUUCCAUUCACAUGAAAAUAUCAUCAUUGAAUUACCAUUAGAUUUUAAAGAAGGUCCAAUUGAAAUUUUUAUAAAAUCAAUAAAAGUUUCAUCACCAAUAGUUAAACAAACAUUUAAGAGAGCUUUCCCAAUUAUAAGUUCUGCUUCAAUUAUAACACCAACUAAUAAUCAACUUACAAUAUAUGGUAAAUUUUAUAAUUUAAGUGGUGGUGUUUCACCAACUAUUUCAAUCAACAAUCAAAAUUGUGCAAUUAUUUCAAUAAGUAAUUCAGAGAUUAUAGUAAAUGCACCAACAUUUUCACAAGGUGGGUAUGCUUCAAUCACUAUUAAUGAUAAUGGUUUUAGCAUUUCCUCAUCGAAAAUUGUAUAUUAUGAAAAAAUAAAAUCAAAUCAAUGUUCACCAUCUUGUGAAAAUGGUGGAACAUGUAUUGAAGGUCAAUGUAAUUGUGGUGUUGGUGAUUAUUAUGGUCCAACAUGUACAUUUAAAAAACCAGCACCAAAUACUUAUAGUUUAGUAACCGAUCAAACUCAACCACAAGCUACCUAUUCACUUUCAACUGUUGAAUUUGAAUUUUCAUUAUCAAGUCUUCAAGAAUUAGAUUUUAAUGAUGAUGUAGUUCAAGAGAUUAAAAUUAACAAUUGGGAAUAUAAAGAAGAUAAAGCCAAUCAACUUGGUGUUGCCUCUAUUUAUUAUUCAAAUCAAUCCAAUGUCAUUGUAUCAGUAUCGGUUGUUGUACCUACAAAAUCAGUGAAAUAUGAAUUUGCAGGUAUUACAAUGAAUCUUGAAAAAGAUCAAGUUAAAGUCUCAUUAAAUAUUAGUGGUUGGCAAUAUCAAUCCUCUUUAAAUACAUUACGUGCUGUAUUCAUUUCUAAAUCAAAGACAAUAAAAGUUGACGACGAUGACGAUAAAUGUAAAUCAACUAAUGGUACAAUCGAUUCACAAACUGAUAGUUCAAACUCAUUAUUAUCAUUUACAUUAACAAGAAAUGGUGGUAUAUUAUUUGGUUCAUUCAUUGAUAGAAUGAUUUCAAAUGGUAGAGUUGCAAUAUCAAAAGUUGUAGAUAUGGGAAUUAAAGAUUCUGUAUCUUAUGUUGGUAUAAAUAUGCCACAAUGUGAUCAAUGUAUUUUAGAUCCAAAUUAUGCAGUUUUGGUUGAUCCACAAUUCUCCUCAUCCAAUGGUGGAGAUGGUUGUGGUGCUACUAAUAGUAAUUCAAGAGCAUGGGUUAUACCAGUUGCUGUAGUUGUUCCAAUAGUUGCUAUCACAGUUUUAGCCCUUACUGGUUAUGUAUUAUUUAAAAAACGUUUCUAUAUUUAUAGAGAUGGUAAAACUUUUAAAUUCUCAAAAAGAAGAAAAUCUAAAGGUAAAUUUAGUAUGGAUAAAUUAGGUUAA